AUGCAUUCUACAUCUAAGGGCAUAGUUCAAAUCACUAUUCGAUCAAUUCGCGACGGUUUUCAGAAGAACUUGACAUGCUUAACUUUGCCAAUCAUUGCCGACUUGAUUCCGUCUGAGAUUUUUCCGCGAGACUCGAUUGGAAUACCCCCGAACAUAAAACUCGCGGAUCCAGAAUUCCAUCUACCACGCCCUGUCGAUUUGUUAAUCGGUUCCGGUGCCACGCUGUCGCUGUUCUCCGUCGGUCAGAUUAAUUUGUCAUGCCAUAAGCAAGACCUGUAUUUACAAAAAACACGUUUGGGAUGGAUUAUUGCCGGCGGUGUUUCGUCUCGGAUUCCGGCGAAAACCGCGUCGUCGUACUUAAUAGAUCUAGAAACACAAAUAACAAAAUUUUGGACAAUCGAGGAAGUUGCGGUCGACAGAGCGAAAUCGGAAGAAGAUAUCAAAUGCGAAGCACACUUCGUGAAAAACGUUUCACGCAACCACGACGGACGUUACGUAGUUCGUUUACCAUUUCGCGAUCCCAACGUCUAUAUAGGCGAAUCGAGGUCCGUCGCGCUUAAACGCCUAUCCGCAUUAAUGCAUAAAUUAGAUCGAAAUCCGUCUUUAAAAACUGAAUACACGCGGACUAUCGAAGAAUACGAAAGAUUAGGUCACAUGUCGUUAGUGAAUUCUCCCGGCGAUGACGGAUUUUACAUGCCGCACCACGCCGUUAUCAAGGAAUCGAGUAACACUACUAAGGUUCGUAUCGUGUUUGAUGCGUCAGCAAAAUCUACAAGCGGUGUGUCGUUAAACGACAUCCUACUGAUAGGGCCCACGAUACAGGAUAAACUCUUCUCGCAUUUAAUCCGAUUUCGCACAUACAACUACGUAAUCACCGCGGAUAUAGAGAAAAUGUAUCGACAGGUGCUGUUACACGAAGACGACCGUCGAUUUCAGCAAAUACUGUGGCGCGAAGACGGUAAAGUAAAGACGUAUCAACUAAACACGCUCACAUUUGGCGUCUCGUCGUCACCGUUUCUAGCGAUCCGUACUCUCCAAAAACUAGCGGAAGAUGAGGGUCGCGCAUAUCCUAAUGCAGCUAAGGUCCUCAAAGACGAUUUAUAUGUAGACGAUCUGUUGACCGGCGGCGAGUCUAUCCAUCAAGUUCGAGACCUAAGAGAUGAAAUAAUCUCUUUACUAGCACGCGGCGGUUUCCACAUUAGACAAUGGGCCUCAAACGACGCACGCGUUGUCGAUGAUUUACCCAAUCAUGUGUUACACGCUAAUUACAUAUUGACAGACGAUCGAUCUCUAAAAACAUUAGGCAUCUCGUGGAACACCAUUAACGACAAAAUACGUUAUUCAACCAAUCCAAUUAAAAUAUCAGAAACGAUAACAAAGAGAAAAAUCUUAUCGGAAAUCGCGAAAAUUUACGAUCCCAUAGGUCUUUUAGGUCCCGUAGUUUUAUAUGCGAAACGUCUAAUACAAGAAGUGUGGAAAAGCAAGGUGCAAUGGGACGAAUCUAUCCCACAGUCCACUUACACAGAAUGGACAGAAUUCGUUCGACAAUUGGAAGCCCUCAAUCAGGUCACUUUCGAUCGUAAAAUUACGGUAGAGAAACAUCAUAACAUCCAAUUACAUGGAUUUUGUGAUGCUAGCAAUACAGGCUACGGAGCAUGUUUGUACCUUCGAUCUGUGGGAGACAAUAAAAAGGUGAUAAGUAGAUUAGUGUGCGCCAAGUCACGAGUAGCUCCACUCAAAACGGUCACUAUCCCGCGGCUAGAAUUAUGCGGCGCGUUACUUUUAGCGCGAUUAUAUAGCGAAACAGUCAGGACAUUGAAUUUCUCGCUUAACCGGACUAUCUUUUGGUGCGACUCGACUAUCGUGUUGCACUGGCUGAAAAUGCCCCCAUACUUACUCAAAACUUACGUCGCGAAUCGGGUUGCGGAAAUACAAGAAAAUACUAACUCAAUCGAAUGGCGUCAUAUAAGAUCUGAGGAUAAUCCAGCCGAUGCAAUCUCGAGGGGACAAUUACCCCACUCAUUCAUACAAAACGAGCUGUGGCGGGCAGGACCUUCGUGGUUAACUAAAACCGAGGAUAGUUGGCCUAACGAAAUUCCACAAACCACCGAAGUAUUAGAAGUAAAGGGAAAUACUUGUUUAACGACGAUGUUUAAUGACACUAGCAUACUCGAAAGGUAUUCGUCUUAUACUAAACUAUGCAAAAUCGUAGCUUAUUGUCUCCGACUGCGAAGGUCGAACAAAUAUAGCGGGUCAUUGAGCGCGAAGGAAAUACGUGAAGCCGAAGUACGGGUAUUAAAAAUCUAUCAAGGGGUUCAAUUCGCCGUCGAGCUCGAAAAAUUAAAAAACAAGCGGCCUAUUAACAAGGGCAAGAUCGCGAAUCUGGAUCCCUUCUUAGACGAAGACGGUUUGAUUCGCGUCGGAGGACGUCUCAGAUCGUCAAACUUAACAUUCGCGCAAAAACACCCAGCAAAAAUUUUGGUUACUUGA